ACGUUCAGUUACUCCUUUUCUUUAUCGCUAAUUCUCGAGAACUUGCAGUCGCCCGCACGGAAAAUGAAAGAAAAGAAAAUGAAAUCUUCAGUUAUGAUUGUAUAUGUACACAUUUAUGCAUGUUUUUCAGGCUGAAAAAAACCUGUUGUAGCCAGAGCAAGAGCAAUGGCGGAAAGAGGAAGAAGCAGAAAGCCUCCAGAGGAACCAUGGGACUUUUCGCCCAUUUACACCAGCAGUUAUCACGCCAAUCAGCUUCUGAAUUGUAGACCAGUUGACGGGUGGCAAUGCGGGGGCUACAUACCAGAGGACCGGCCUCUGGCCAGAAGUCGCGAGAAUGCACUUUUGUCCGCCAGAGUGUAUUUGCAGCAGGACGAGGCGGCUGAGUUCAGGUGCUCAGACGACCGCCGGGUAAGCGGGUCUUCUUCUCACGGUAAAAGGGAUUUUGGAAGGAGGUUGAGUUAUGUGCAGGGUGAGGGUUAUUUCACUCGGGAUUUUCAAAACCAGAGGAAUUCGAGGAGCUGUACUGAUGACAUUGCUCAGCCCCCUUUCAGCAUUUUCCCUGCGAGAGAAAAUUCUGAGAAAGUUGAUCAGCCAGCUUGUUUUAAUGGCGACGAUGAUGAUGAGCUGGAAGAGGGUGAGCUCAUUCCUUCACCUCCGAGGUCGUCUUCUUUAACAAGUUCCGACCCUCGACUUCAGACUGAAAAUGAGGAUGAGCUGGAAGAGGGUCAGCUGGCUCCUUCACCUCGGAGGGAAAAUUCUUGUGCUGCUGAUGCAUCGCUGAUGUCGAGGAAGAGGCUUAAGCGCUCUAGAGAUUUCACCUCUUCGCAGUCUAAGAAUGGAAAAAAGGCCAGGGAAAGGGAAUCUCACGUUAUUGUUCUCUGUGGCCAAGGAAGCCAAAGGCAGCGACAGCAGAAUUUUCAAAGAAACAGCAAUAGUAACACCCACAAAGACCAUGAAGAAAAUGAUGGCAGGAAGGCGGGGUUGAUGCUGAGUUGUGGUCUGGAUACCGCUUUCGAGAAAGUUGGGCCGGAGCUUAAUGCAACUGUGGCGGGGAGAAUAUAUAGCAACUUGGAUGAAUUGGGGAAAUUCAGUAACAUUUCUGCACCAAGAAAUGUUGGAAAUGCUGCCUUGAAGGAAUGGAAGCCACUGCAGAAGGAAGGUCAUCUGGGCAAAGACAAAUCCAUAGCGUGUGGGAAAGAUGAACAAGGUGUUAAUAAUGGGGGUUUAUCUGAGAUGCCAGGAGGGUCUUUGCAAACUUACCGAGUUGCUCACUGUUCCAAGGUUGAGGAUCACUGUAAACAGCAGCACGAUUUUUCCGCUUACAACGAUGUAAGGAGCGAGGUGGACCUUUCUUCGUGUCUUCAGCAGGCUCCUAUGGCUGCUCAGAACUUUUUAUGUAGUAAUUGUGAGAACAGUAAAGGUUUUAAAGAAAAUACGGGAGGCUGUUCUGGCACAGAUAAAGAAAUAGAAAACACUGAAGAUAUGAGAAAUUGUAAAGAUUGUGGUUCAAUUAAUAAGGUGGAUGGAACCAAGGGAAAGAUGGCAGGGGCGAUUACUUCUGUUGAAGCAAAUGUUUGUGUGGCGGACCACUUGGGAGUGCGUUCUUCUGGUUUGCCUGUGAAACAUGUUUAUCCCGACAUUGAUGUCAGUUUUCCUUCUGUGGCCUCUGAAGACAUUGUUCCAUUUCAUAAAUUUAUUUCAACAAUAAAAGAAUGUGAUCUACUACGAGAUGAUUUAGCUAAAAAAAGGGAAUUAGGAAGGCCAUGCUUUACUGAAGCGACUAGUGUGUCAAGUUUUGUUUGUAUGAGUACUGGUGUAACCAAUUCCACAGAAUUUUCGGAUAACCAUGACAUUAAUUCCGAGGCUAAACGGGUGGAUUUUAAAACAGGCACGUUAGCCUCAGAUUCUCUCGUGGGUAAUUUGAAUGUUCCGCAGAUUGAUAAGAUGCGAUGCAUUACGGGGCCAAAUGCUUUCAGAGCUUUGAGGGAUAACGGUUUGGAGAAUGAGGCACAAUCCUGCAUUAAAUUCUCUGGCACCUAUCCUAGUGAUCGAUUUAAUUUUCAUGAUAGUUCAUGGAAGAAAUUAAAAUCAGGACAUAACCCAAACUUGAAAAUCAAUCUCACCCGUGGGUCCAGCACUUCUGGUUCUAAUUUUGCAGUGGUAAUGAAGCACAAGUGGCAGAAUACCGCAUUAAGAUCAGAAGUGCAACAUAAACUAUCUGCGUCUCCAAGUAAAAAUGUGCAUCAUAAUAAUGAGGCAUCGCACAACUUCUGUCAAACACAAAUACCUCUGAAGCCUUCUACUUCGAGUUUACAAAUUCGGCCAAACAUAGCAGGUGGUUUGUUUAAUAGUAUCAAACCUUGGACUUGGACUAGGAGCAAUAAUAUGAUUAAACCUCCCGUUAAGGCACCUAAUGCAACAUGUCUAAUGGCCAAAGGACCAUGUAUUGUCACCGGAUCACAAACUGCUACUUAUGUUCUUAAAGGAAACACUCUUUUAAGGGCUGCGGAGCCCACCAUGAGUUUGCAUGACACAAAAAGGAGUGUCUCUGGAUGUCUUACAACGGUUCAACAAUAUCAUGUGGAAUCUUCUUAUACAAGAAAUCCAUCAACAACGAGGAAUGUAGCCAAAACUGUGCCUAGUACCAUGACAAAAGUCGUGUCCAAUCUCGACAUGUCCAAAUCGAGUAUGGAAAGUUUCCUCCCUCCCGCGGCAUCAUGUAUACCAUAUGGCACAACAUUGCCUGUAACUUGCACUGGCUCUGCUACAUCUUUAGCUGAAGCAAUGAUGACUGAAAUUUCCGGGGAAACAGGGGUCCUACAUUCUAGACUGUCUGUUUCUGAUGCUGUUGAUAUUAAUUAUAGAGAUUCACAGGGAAAGGUUUAUGCUAGUGUUGGCUGCCAUGUCACAAGUAUUCCUGAUAGCUACAUACUACGGGCAAGAAGAACUCAAAGUGAGGAUUUAAUGUCAAAUUCCAAAUCAGGAAUGAUAGAUCACUUGAAGGGAAAGUCAAACCAUACAUUUUCUGCUCCAACUUGCAAUUCUGAAGACUCAAUAUAUUUCAUUAACGAAUGUAGCCAGUUACAGUUGGCUAGUCAUGGACAAGAUCACCACCAUGAGAGGAACAGUUACGAAUUCUUUCAGAGAAGCAAGCUCACAGACCAAAAAACUGUGACAUCACUUAAAGUUUUAAAAGAAACCAGCUUACCUGAAUCAUUGCAGAAGCGCACCCUUAAAGCUCAACAGAAUCAUACAAAUUUUGUGACAAAGCUUCAUAGAGUUUUGAAGCAGAAAAAAUUGGCCACUUCACUAUCAUUACAGGGUCCAACUCUAAAUACUGGCUAUCCUCAGUCUCCAAGAUUGACACUAUUCCAGAGAAAUAAGAUAGUGACAUCUCUUCUUCCAUGGAAGAGACCUGUAUAUGUAGCAGCUCAUUCAAAAAGAAUCAAAUAUGUAUCUAAAGUCAGAAAAGGUUUAGUGCAUAUACUUGCAAGUAGGAAGUUACAGUGCCUUCAAAACAAACAAGCUCAUUACUCAAGAUCAGUUGAUGGGUCCUCUUUGCACCACUCAGCGGCUUCAAGUCUUGGAGGAUCUAGCUUAAAAUGGAAUCAGUUUAAUGAUAAACACUGUGAAAAGGAUAAUGAAGAAAGUACUAUGUCCACUGCUGCAGUAGAGAAAGGGAAAAGAGAGGAUAAAGAUGAUGUUUCACAGGAUGUAGUUGUUGAUGCCAAGGAGAAAACAAAAAAGCAUGUUGCUUAUGAAGGAUCUAGUUGCAACAGUGACACUCUGCAUACUAGAUGUACAACUAGUACCCCAAGAAUUUUCACUUCAAGGAGGCUGUCAACUAGUGGUUUCAAAUAUGUAAAAGAUGGGAAUGGGAACCAACUUGUUAGAUUUUCAAAUACAAUAAGUCAUGCCUUGGCUGGUGAAAAGAUUAGAUGGAGUUUGCACACUGUAAGAUCCAUUAUGUCUAAGAAACAACAAUAUUCUCAGUCUUUAUCAAGAUUUGGUACUUCCAACAAGGAAGUUAGCAUAUGCCCUGGCACAAAUGAUUCUGAGAAGGUGGCAAUUUUAACACAGUUCCUGAAAGGUACUUGCUCCAAUAUGGACUGCAGAUUGACACACAAGGUAAUCUUAGAAUCAAUGGCAGACUGUUCACAUUUCUUGCUUGGAGUUUGUACAAAUGAGAGUUGCCCUUACAGACAUGUGAAUGUGAAUCCCAAAGCACCUAUUUGUGAUGGAUUUCUCAAAGGCUUUUGUCCUGACAGCGAUAAGGGAUGUUUAAGGGCUCACAAGGAAUGCCAUUAGGCUCUAUGUGCAUGAAAAUUCUACUAGUACUAUGUGUGUAAUCAUUUUGGUAGAGGCCUUCUUGAAUGAACUCAAAGUAUUUGGAGAAAUGCCGAGCAG